CCCCAAAGAGAGACGCUUAAUCCGCCAUUUUAGCUGCGUCGACAUGCACACAAUUGUAAAGGGACGCAGCGUUUAAGUCUUAAUUUCUGUAUUAAAAAAGUGUAAUAUAGGCGAACACAAGAGGAGGCAAAACGAGUCCUUUGAAAGUACACGCCAAGCAGAGAAAGGGGCGGAAGAUGGCGGUCGACAGGCGAGACGAGAAAGAUGGAGAGUUGAAUGUCCUGGAUGACAUUCUGACUGAAGCACCAGACCAAGAUGACGAGCUCUACAACCCAGAGAGCGAGCAUGAUGUCAGUGACAAAAAAGGGUCCAAGAGGAAGAACGACCGCGGGGACAACCUGGAGAGCAAGAGGCUGAGGUCCUCGGGGCACACGCGCCAGGCCAUCAAAAGAUCCAUGCCGUCGAGCGGGGCCAACGGCAAGAAGCCCGUCACCCCCAGGAGCAGGCACUCUGCGGAGUACAAGGGCGAGGACUACCACUACGACAGGAGCGAGGACAGGAAGAACCACAGCGCGCGAGGGGGCGCCUCCAGGGGGGAUCCCUCCAAAUCGCACAGCGAGAAGCCCCUGUCCCGCAGGAGAGAGCCUGACAGGAGGCCCAAACCUCUAAUGCCCGAGCUGUCGGAGAAGCUGCGCCGCACCAGCGAUGAGAGCAUGGGCAGAGUGAGCCACUCCUCCAAGGAGGAGGCCAACUCGGAGGAGUACGCCUCCGACCAGGACACGGGCAGCUCCGUCGACUCCUCCGAGGGCAACCGCUCCGACCUGGAGGAAGAGGAGGUCAUGGAGGACGAGGAAGAGGAAGGGGAGAAGGGCGUGGAGGAGGAGGAAGACGAAGAGGAAGAAGAGGAGGAGGAGGAGGAAGGCGAGGAGGAGGAAGAGUACGAGUUGGAGGAAGGGGAUCAGCGGGACGGGAACGAGCAGAACGACUACGACACUCGCAGCGAGGCCAGCGACUCCCAAUCAGAGUCCGUCUCCUUCUCGGAGGGCGAGUCCGUGCGCUCCGGAUCCGGCUCUGACGCCUCAGAUGAGGAAAGAAAAGAGAAGAAGCACGCUAGAGGGAUAUCUCCAAUCGUUUUUGAUAGAAGUGGAAGCUCAGCUUCAGAAUCAUAUGCAGGUUCUGAGAAGAAACACGAGAAACUUCCCUCCUCAGUUCGAGCCGUUCGCAAAGAUCAGACAAGCAAGCUGAAGUACAUUUUGCGGGAUGCCAGGUUUUUCCUGAUUAAAAGCAACAACCACGAGAAUGUUUCUCUGGCCAAAGCGAAGGGUGUUUGGUCCACACUGCCAGUCAACGAGAAGAAGCUGAACGCUGCCUUCCGCUCAGCCAGGAGUGUUAUACUGAUUUUCUCCGUCAGGGAGAGCGGAAAGUUUCAAGGGUUUGCGCGGCUCUCAUCUGAAUCCCACCACGGAGGGUCUCCAAUUCACUGGGUCCUCCCUGCGGGAAUGAACGCCAAAAUGCUGGGAGGAGUUUUCAAAAUUGACUGGAUUUGCAGGAGGGAGUUGCCCUUCACCAAAACCGCACACCUCUCCAAUCCAUGGAAUGAACACAAACCUGUGAAAAUUGGACGUGAUGGACAGGAAAUUGAGCCUGAAUGUGGAACGCAGCUCUGCUUGCUUUUUCCCCCCGACGAGAGCAUUGACUUGUAUCAGGUUAUUCAUAAAAUGCGUCACAAGAGGAGGAUGCACUCGGAGCCCCGCUCUCGAGGACGGCCGCCGCACCGAGAGCCCGGCCGCGAUCUGGGAAGGCGUCGACCAGAGGAAUAUGACAUGCACAACAGGAAACGACCAAGGAUUGACUAUCCGCCAGAAUUCCCUCAAAGACCAGGUUUCAUGCAAGACCCUCGCAAUCAGCCUGUUGACAGACGGUUCUCUGGAGUACGGAGGGAUGUGUUCCUGAAUGGGUCUUACAAUGAUUACAUGAGAGAAUUUCAUCAUAACAUUGGGCCACCACCCCCUUGGCAAGGAAUGGCACCAUAUCCUGGAAUGGAGCAGCCCCCUCACCAUCCAUACUACCAGCACCACCCGCCACCACCCCAAGCCCACCCGCCAUACUCUGGCCACCACCCCGUGCCACAUGACGCCAGAUUCAGAGAGAAACGGGUUGUCCGUUCGUUUUCCUCAAGUCUGCAUGACUAUGACAUGCGGGUCGAUGACUUCCUGCGUCGCACCCAGGCAGUGGUGAGCGGCCGUCGCAGCCGCCCCCGAGAGCGCGACCGGCAGAGGGAGCGCGACCGCCCCAGAGACGCCCGUCGGGACCGCGAGAGAGACCGCGGGCGCGAACGUGACCGGGAGAGGGACAGGAUCCGGGAUAGAGAGAGGGAGAAGGAGAGGGGGCGCUACAGGAGAUAGUGACAG